UAUUAUCUAUCUACCUAAUCAUCUAUGUAUCUAUCCGUUUGUUAUCUAUCAACUAUAUCUGUCAUCUGAUUUGUCAUCAUCUAUAAUCUCUUAGAAUGGUCUUUGCUGUUGGAUUUUCUGUUAGACUUUCCUUUCUAAAUUCUGGUCAGAUCUAUAGGUCUUAGAAAAAAAAACUCUAAACUUCUUUUACGUUAAUUUUAUAGGCUCUAAUAAUCAUGGUAUAUGAAAUUUUGGUUUAUACUCUGAGGUUCAUUUUGCUUCUCUUCUGGGACUGGCCAAACGGUGACUGAAUCAUCUUAAUAAUCAUUCUGACAGCAUUUUUUUAAAAUAAAAAUUUUAAAUUGACAAAUAAUAACUGUGUUUAUAUAUUUAUAGGGUAUAAUGUAGUGUUUUAGUCCAUGUAUACAUUAUAGAAUGAUUCAAUCAAGCCACUUAAACCGGUUGUUUUAAAAUUGACUAUGGCUUCCUGAAAGCAGGAUAUGAUGGCCUUACAGUCUAUUUCAUAUGGGGUAGAAAUGAGGGAGUUGCUGUAAUUAUAAAGUAGAACUACAGGGACUCAGCCAUUGGAUCCACUUCACAAUCAAAAAGAGAGGCAUUCUUUAAAGGGCAAGGUGGUUUUCUCUUCCCUUGUUCCUGAGGGAUCCAUCUGGAAGGAUGCUGCUCCCCCAGACUCCCUCCUAAUUCUUUUCCCUAUUGCUCUUGGGGGAGCCAGUCAGAGACUUCAAGGAGCCAGAUCCUGAAAUGAGUCAUCAGGAGAUGCUGUUUCUUGGAACAAUUACUACUUUGCUGUUUGGCAUUUGGACAGUUUCUGAGCCUCUUUAGAACCACACUGCCUAAGGAGCAUCCUUCCCUUAUAACUCUAGUUCUGUAGAAUGCUAAUGAAAAAGAGGUUCUGUGCUCAAAUUCUGUUGGGAGAUGGUGGGUGAAGAAAAAGUUAAUAAAGUUUCUUUUUUAUUUUUAUUUUUCCUUAACUUUUAAGUUCAGGGGCACAUGUACAGGUUUGUUACAAAGGUAAACAUGUGUCAUGGGGGUUUGUUGUACACAUUAUUUCAUCACCCAGGUAUUAAGACUAAUGGCUAAUAACCCAUUAGCUGUUUUUUCCGAUCCUCUUCCGCCUCCCACCUUCCCUGCUCUGAUAGGCCCCAGUGUGUGUUGGUCCCCUCUUUGCGUUCAUGCUUUCUCAUCAUUUAGCUCCCAUGUAUAAGUGAGAAUAUGUGGUAUUUGUUUUUCUGUUCCUGCGUUAGUUUGACAAGGUUUCUUAAUUAUAGGACUUUAUAGAUCCUUUAAUAUGCUAACAUGUAAUGUGAUUUUCCAUGUGAAGAAUAUAGUAUGCAGUGGUCCUCAGAUUUAUGAGAACAGUGAACCUGUUUUUCUCGCUGGAACAUUUACCUAUGACACCUGGGGAAAGGUAAAGCCUUCAAAGUAGAAGCCUCCGGUAUGGUUCUCAAACUUGCUACAUGUUAUAAUCACCAGGGAAUUUACAAAAAUUACUGGUGUUCAGCUCCUGCGUUCAGGUAUUCUGAUUCAAUUGUUAAGGGGGAUAAUUUGGGCCUCAGGAAUUGCUUCCCAGGUGAUUCUAAUGUGCAGUGAAGUUUGAGAACCACUGCCCUGGGGUCCUUUUGUCUAGCGCCGUAUUCCAGAUAGGCUCAGUCAACUGAGCACUGACCUGGUCCAAGUCAUUGUUUUGUCACCAAGAAGCUCCACAGUACUCUCUGUAUCUAGAUUUUUAAAAUUUGUAAGACAGGGAAACAUCACAUUCACCCUAUCUCAGGUCUUCUGUGAGGAAGAAAGGCACUGACAGGGCUUGGGAGUAAUCAUGCUUUUCAAGAACAUGUCUUUAUUAUUUUACUUUAGUUUAUGGCAGGACACACAGAGGGCUAGGCAGGCCUAGAGCUCCCAAUCACAAGGCAUUGUUCCCACAAUUUUUGGAGAUUAAUUGUAUCAAAAUCCCCUAUCAAAAUGUAGAUACUGCUCCCAUGUCAGAUGUACUUCAUCUGCAUCAAUCUAUGGAGGAGGGCUGCUACUAUUCACAUUUUAAACAAAUUCUGUCGCCAAAUUCUUAUGCACACUGAAGUUUGAGAGCUAGUGUUGUGGUAGAGGAGUUGGUCACUAUCAAGAAUUUGCUCAGCAUGCCUGGCGAAAGUCUGUUCACAGCCCGCCCACACCGGCCUCUCCAACAUUUUAUCUUAUGAUUCCCCACCUGCACCAUUCUCUGCUUCUGCCAAAUGGUGAACUUUCGAAGUCACCAGUUACGGCAUGCUUUGGCAAUGGGGAGAAAAAAGCUUAUGCUUAUGAAAACCUCCUUCAGGGAUCAGUUCAUAGCUGGCUAGGGUGGCACUGUGUGAAACCCCUGACGAAAUUGCUAACUGAAAUAUAGGAAACCUUCAAAGAAGUACAUAUCUUUUCAUAUAAGGCAGGAAGAAGGCAAGACUGGGAACCAGCUCCAUCAGACCUUGCUGAGGGAUGGGGCUUUGGAAGUUUGAAAUUAAAGAGAGACUUUCAAAGACAUUAAUUAGACACCUUGUUAGGAAGUCAUACGAAGAUACAUCACCCCCCCCUGGAGAGUCACCUAAAGAACCAAUUAGGAUGUGAUGCUGGGACAGUGAAUAUAAGAAGCAUAUCAGCAAGGUUUCAUGCUAGAUGGGAAGCUCAGGGAGAAAGGUUGGCCCCAUAUCCUUGUGUUUCGAAGUAAGUAUACAAAAAAUCUAGGGCAAUGGUCGUGUCAGGAAUAUAUUGUUUUGUCAAGGGGUAGAGGAAAGAGAGAGACUCCUGGAAGUGUUAAUAAGACACAGAAGUAUUGAAAGUGACCCCAUCUCACAAGGUUGCUAUGAUUAUGGGCAUAUGUACAAUUUUCUUUCUGGAAUGGGAACAAAGACAAGGUAACUGAAACCCAGAGAGGAAAAGUGACUUGCCGAGGGUCUUACAUGCCGUGUGGGUAAACCAGAAGCCAGGUGUCCUUUGGAUUGGCAGGUGAUGGGCAGACAACACACUAUCCAAAAGAAGAGGUCAUUAGAAUUCAGGUGAGCACAGUUUGUGCCCAGCUUAUGGCUUUCAGAUCUCGUUUAUUUUCUUUCUUGUUCUCCUUAAUGGGUCAGCUCAGUACUGGUCUGGCUGCAGGUGCAUCAGGUAUUCAAACACGAUCAAAGCCCUCCUUUACAGCCCUGUUCUAGAACUGUUCCAAGGACCCCCAAAUUUAUGAACCCAAUUUCCUCUAACAGCACUCAGACAACACCAGACUACAAAAAUAUUUCUGCUUUCAGCUUUGGAUGCUGUUUAUUUUCAAGCUACUGUUUUUAUUAGGGGCUUUGAAAACAACCAAACAAGGCUUAUGGGGCUUUGUUAGGUGCCUGAAAAAACUUAUGUUUGCUCUUUUGAUUUCAAGGUUAAUGCUUGAGGGUGUGUUUAUGUGUGUGUAUGCACACCCUUAAUAAGCCAGCCAACUCUAAUUAGGAUAACAGCUGUUCAUUAAACUUGCAUGUUGUUAGACUGAGAAUAGUAAUAUUCCUACAAGCAGAGCCCAUUGCUGAUUGCUGAUAGAUUUUUUGUUCAUAUGUUUUUGUUGAGAGAAUAUAAAUUUUCCUUCCUUAAAACAUUCAUUUAAAAUUUUAAAUAGCCACCUUAUAUACGUGGAGUGCUUUUAGCUUUCCAAUGUGCUUUUGCAUCUGUUUUAAUCUAUGCAUUAACCGUAUGUCAUAAGCAGGGAAAGCAUUAUGAUCCCCUUUUGGCAGAGGAGGAAACUGAGGUUCAGAGAGGUUAAGUGCCUUGUGUAAGAUCAAACAGCUAAUUGGGGACAAAGCUACAAAUACAAGAGCGGACUUGUAAGUCAGGGAAUCACUUGCUCUCUGUUCUUUCUGUAAUAGAAGCAUCCAUCACUUUUUAUCUUAAAUUAUAGUGAGCUCUAUAUCUAUAUAUGUCUUCGACUGCAAAGUUUGUUGAAGUUGAGUGCCAACAUGUAAGACACUCAAUUUAAAGCUUUUGUUACUUGAAAUCAUUUGAAUUCCUUUUGAGGGGUCUCCUCGUCUGGCUCUUGUCUUAGCCACGGCAGGUGAACCACUGGAUGGAUGGCUGAAAGGAAUUACACCGUAGUGACGGAGUUCUUCCUUACUGCAUUUACUGAGCAUCCGGAGUGGCGGCUUCCUCUUUUCCUCAUAUUUUUGAGUUUCUAUCUUGCCACUGUGUUAGGGAACACAGCCAUGAUCAUCCUGAUCCGCGGAGAUCGUCGACUCCACACCCCAAUGUACUUCUUUCUCAGCCACCUUUCCUUGGUGGACAUCUGCUACUCAUCCACCAUCAUCCCUCAGAUGCUGGCUGUGCUGUGGGAGCAUGGUGCAGUCAUCUCCCAGGCUCGCUGUGCCGUUCAAUUCUUCCUCUUCACCUUCUUUGCCUCCAUUGACUGCUACCUUCUGGCCAUCAUGUCCUAUGACCGCUACGCAGCCGUGUGCCAGCCCCUGCUUUAUGUCACCAUCAUGACCGAGAAGGCCCACUGGGGCUUAGUCACGGGGGCUUAUGUUGCUGGUUUCUUCAGUGCCUUUGUUCGAACGGUCACAGCCUUCACUCUCUCCUUUUGUGGAAACAAUGAGAUCAAUUUCAUUUUCUGUGACCUCCCUCCUCUAUUAAAACUCUCUUGUGGGGACAGCUACACUCAGGAAGUGGUGAUUAUUGUGUUUGCUGUUUUCGUCAUGCCUGUCUGUAUCUUGGUGAUCUUGGUGUCCUACCUGUUUAUCAUCAUGGCCAUCCUGCAGAUCCACUCUGCUGGAGGCCGGGCCAAGACCUUUUCCACCUGCGCCUCCCACCUCACUGCCGUCACUCUUUUCUUUGGCACCCUCAUCUUCAUGUACCUGCGAGACAACGUGGGCCAGUCCUUGGAGGGAGACCGAGUGGUGUCUGUGCUCUACACGAUGGUGACCCCAAUGCUGAAUCCCCUCAUCUACAGCCUGAGAAACAAAGAGGUAAAGGAGGCUGUUAGGAAAGCCCUGAGCAGAUCAAAGGCUGCUAGAAGACCCUAAAUGGGCCCUUGCGAAAUACGUUAUUCCUGAGUUUUCCCAUCUUUUCUCAAUGGCACCUUCUGGAGAGGCUUUCCUAGACAACCCUAAGUAAAAUCGCACCUGAACUCUCCACCCCCGCUUUCUGAUUCCUUAUUCUACGGAACACUUAUCACCAUCUGACGUAUUAGAGGUUUUAUGUGUUUGACAUUGUCUAAUGCUCACAACUAGAAAGUAAGCAACAUCAGAGCAAGUGUUUUUUUAUCUGAGCUUCAUUUCUAUAUGCCCAGUUGCUAGCAAAGCACCUAGCAUGUGAAAGGCACUCAAUAAAUAUUUGUUGAGUGAAUGAAUCUCAGGUUCCAGUGUCUACUUGUAAGUCAUAACUUCUUCAGUCAUCAGUUUUCUCAUCUAUCAAGUGGUUUAUCCACCUUAUAGGACUGUGGUUUUGAGAAUCCAGUGCAUACAUGAACAAGGAUCAUAUCUGUAUUAUUCACUAGUAUCUGCAGAAUCCAGUGUGUUGCCUGGCAUGACAAAUACGUGAUGAGUAAAGCAAGAAUAUUUGGAAAAUU